ACACAUCAAGUUUUGUGAGGUCGUCUCCUGUAAAUAAUAUAUUUCAUUUCUGUAGCGAUACACUGUAUUUAUUCAACCUAUUUCCCAUGGAGAGUAGAUUUACCUAAAUGCUGAAAUCUCACUGUAGAGGGUGGCAGUUUUCUGCCAGCAUGUUUGCUGUUUAUCAGCUCGCUAUGCUAACUUUAGCCUGAUAUUUAGCUUCUCAGGACGCUAGCCAUUCAGCUAAUCAGAGGUUAUUACGGGAGCUUGUUUUCAGAAGCCUGUAUCUAAACGAGAUGGAUAUUUGAAAUGGCAUGUCAUCUGUAGCUUCGUGCUGAACUGACGCACAGCAAAGGUCAAGCUUGCCUUGAUGUUGGACCUCCUGCCUAGCAUGCAGCCAUGAGCUCCGCCCUGUGGAGCCAGGAGAAGCCCAGCGGGGGCUUCAGGGAGGACUGGCGCUUCUACAUGGUCAUCAAGGAGUGUACGGUGGAGAAGACCCCCCAGAAGACCCUGAGGAUCCCCCGCGGCAGCCUCGGUCAGGCCUGCCAGGAGCGCAACAGCCUGGGGAGAACGCUGCCUCCAAACAAGGGCAAGAAAAGUCUCCGCAUCCUGGACCAGACCAACGUGGUGCUGAGUCUGGACGAGCGGGACGUCCUGGAGCUGGACGAGAAGCUGGCAGAGCUGCUGUUCCCCAUCACAAACUGCGAGGAGCGCUACGCCCUGCUCUGCAACAAGUCCCGGCUGGAGCGAGUGCGUGAUAUUGACUGUGGGUCGAAGGUGAGGGUCCAGCUGCGCUUGGGGGACGAACCUCUGCCCGGGGUGGUCCGCUUCAAAGGCUCACUGCUGCCUGACAGAGCGCUCUCUGGAAUCUGGUUCGGAGUAGAGCUGCUGGAGGAGGGCCGGGGCCAGGGCUUCACCGAGGGAUCCUACCAGGGACGCCAACUCUUCCGCUGUGAGGAUGAGUGCGGUGUGUUUGUGGCCCUGGACAAGCUUGAACUCUGGGAGGAUGACGAUGACGAAGCUUUGGGUGAGCUGGAGGUGGACCACGUGAAUCUGGUGGAAGACGACCAGGACUUUCCUCCUCUGGAGAUCAACUCCAGGGUCCUGGUGCAGACCAGGGACGGGCCGGAGAGAGGGACCAUCAUCUUCUGUGACCUGCUGCCCGGGAAUGAGAGCCUGGGCUACUAUGUGGGAGUAGACAUGGACAAUCCCAUCGGGGACUGGGAUGGUAUGAUCGAUGGGAAGCUGCUGUGUAAUUUUGCCAGUUUGGAGCACACUCGACUCGUACCCAUCUGUGACGUAAUGCCAGAUUAUUCCAUGCAGGACCAAAGGCUGCAAAAGCACAGUUUUGCCCCCAGAGGCACCAACAGUGAAAAGUCGUCCUCUGGCCAAAGCAAACCAAAGAGCAAAGGAUUAGGUCAUCAGUGUGGCAGUAGAAGCAAGUCUGAGUUUUACUAUACUUUAAAUGGCAGCUCUGUUGACCCUCCCGCCCAGUCCAAAUCCAAAAGCACAUGGUACAUUGAUGAAGUUGGGGAGGACCCCGCCAAGUCGCUCACUGACACACCCCCCGACUUCAACCAGUCCCCCCCGCCCUCCCGAGCCCCACCCUCCGCCACGCUGUCCACUGACAACAAGUUCCACUCGCUCCCCUUCAGCCUGAACCGUAAGACGGGCCCCAUCGACAGCAUGAGCCACGGCCCCCUGUCGCUGUCCGUGCAGUCGGUGAUGGGGGAGCAGCCCGAGCCCCCGUCACCCGCCGCCCCCCCGUCACCGAGGCCUUCGACGCCCCCCCGAGGACAGCCCGGUCUGGAGGUGGGCUCUCUGGUGGAGGUGAAGGAGAACCCCCCUCUGUGUGGGGUCAUCCGCUGGGUGGGCCUCCCCCCCGGCCUGCUGGAGCCGCUCGCUGGGCUGGAGCUGGAGGAGGAGUGUCCUGGUUGCACUGACGGCACGUUCAAAGGUACGCGGUACUUCACCUGCCCUCCCAAAAAAGCUCUGUUUGUGAAGCUCAAGUGCUGCCGGCCCGACUCCCGCUUCCCGUCCUUGCACCACUCCUCCAACCCCAUCGAGCGCUGCAACUCCAUCGCAUUUGGGGGGUACCUCAGCGAAGUAGUGCAUGAGAACACGCCUCCACGCACAGAGAACGACGGUCUGGAUGUCAUGGUGGGAAAAAAGAAAGGCAUCCAGGGCCACUACAACUCCUGCUACCUGGAUUCAACACUCUUCUGUCUGUUCUCCUUCAGCUCUGUUCUGGACACGGUUCUCCUGAGGCCGCGAUCUAAAACCGAUGUGGAAUAUUACCGAGAGACACAAGAGCUGCUGCGCACAGAGAUAGUCAACCCGCUGCGCAUACAUGGGUAUGUUUGUGCCACAAAGGUGAUGAAGCUGAGGAGGAUCCUGGAGAAAGUAGAAGCUGCUUCUGGGUUUACGUCUGAAGAAAAAGAUCCUGAGGAGUUCCUCAAUAUCCUUUUCCAUCACAUACUGAGGGUGGACCCGCUGCUCAGGCUAAGGUCAGCGGGGCAGAAGGUGCAGGACUGUUACUUCUAUCAGAUCUUUAUGGACAAGAAGGACAAAGUGGGAGUUCCCACAAUCCAGCAGCUGCUCGAGUGGUCCUUCAUCAACAGCGACCUCAAGUUUGCAGAGGCUCCCUCCUGCCUUAUCAUCCAGAUGCCUCGCUUUGGCAAAGACUUCAAAAUGUUCAACAAGAUUUUCCCCUCUCUAGAGUUAGACAUCACAGACCUUCUUGAAGACACUCCGAGGGAAUGUCGAAUCUGCGGAGGCCUGGCUCUGUACGAGUGUCGAGACUGUUAUGAGGACGGGGACAUCACGGCGGGAAAGAUUAAACAGUUCUGUGAAAAGUGCAAUACGCAGGUCCAUCUCCACCCGAGGAGGAAAACCCACCGGCACGGGAAGCUGUCCGUCCCCAAGGAGCUGCAGGAGGGCUCGGGGCGGCAGGGCUCGUUCCCCCGCCAGAGGAUGGAGCUGUUCGCCGUGCUGUGCAUCGAGACCAGUCACUACGUGGCCUUCGUCAAGUACGGCAGCGCGGACUCCUCCUGGCUCUUCUUCGACAGCAUGGCGGACCGCGACGGAGGGCAGAACGGCUUCAACAUCCCGCAGGUGUCCCCCUGCCCCGAGGUGGAGGCGUACCUGAAGAUGAGCCCCGAGGAGCUGCACUCCCUGGACCCCAAGAGCAUCGUGGGCCAGGCCCGCCGCCUGCUCUGCGACGCCUACAUGUGCAUGUACCAGAGCCCCACCAUGAGCCUGUACAAGUAGAAAACCUCUCCCCCCAAACCCUCCACCAUCGCCCCCCUCCCCCCCACCCACACCACCUCCCGCCUCCCCAAGGGCAGGAGAUUCCCAGAAAGACUAAAAAAGGGAACCCUCUCCAGCCCAGCUCUCCUCUCUGGAGGUGGGAGAGAUGAAAGCGAGAGGGGGGGAGGGGGGGGAGAAGCCUAUUUGCACUGUGCAUUAGUUGAAGUGUUGUGUUCUUCAUAUGUAGCUUCCCUGUGUCUCCCUGCUGAGCGUCGGUGGUGGAAGAUGGAGCGAGGCCUUAUGAAGACGCACUGGGCAUGCUUGCGUUGCCGCGACUGACAAAACACGUGCAACGAAAACAAGACGAGCUCGUGGGAUGACCUCCUCCACCUCAUUUACCUUAAGACAAGAGGAGUCGUGCUAUUCUUAAUCACUGUCGAACACGGGAGCUUUUCCACAUCAUGCAGUACGCAAAGCCUCAUCCAACUCUUCUCAAAAGACUUCUCUUAGUAGCAUAGAUUUCCUGAGGUAGUACCAUCAGCACUAUAGACGUCCACCUACUGUGCAUUAAGAUCAGAGUUUGCAUAUCCCCCCCCCCCUAAUCAUGCUGUGUAAAUGUCUUUACAGAUAACAGUAGCCAUUGUAGAAGUGUCGUACUGCACAUCUCGCUCUAACAAUGCUGCACUUUUUGCUCCAUCCCCAAGUGGACCUAUCAGGAAACAUUUUCUUUUUUUCCUCCCAUUGGAAGUCACAGUGAGUGCUAAUUUGUUGGUCGGGAGACAUCAGAGUUUUGUGUUACAGAAUACAAAUGUGCUUCUCCCUCGGUAAAGAGCGCUCUGCAUUUCAAAUGGCGAGGAGAUGCCAGAUAAAUGCAUGAAGGGAGACUUGUACAAUGGCUGCCGUUGUAGAGCACUCCAUGCAUUCAUAGGGUCAAUGAGGUGAAGUCCUGGAAAAAAGCCUGGCUGUUUUCUUUCAAUUAAGGGAGUGUGAUGUGAGGAAUUUCACAUGCAGUGUUUUUAAGUGUCUGACUCAUUGUGUUGAUGACUAAAUAUAAAUUAUAUUUUAUGUUUACAAAGCCUUUUUUUCUUUUGCCCAUCAUGGCAAGUAUUGACUUUUGCUGCCUUCCAUGAAGAUGUGACAUGCAAUGUUUCCAGCCGUGCACCAGAUAACUAAACAAUAUUAUUUAUUAUAUUCUAAUCCUAAUAUAAACCUGUGUGUUAUCCCUUUUUUAAGGAAAUGAAACAGGGUUGAUGAUACUGCUUUUGGGUACUGCUUGUCCCUUUUCACAGUAUAAUGAGUUAUUGUAGUUUUCUCAUAGCAACUACUGAAUGUUAAUAGUAACAUGUUGAACAGUGUAAAGUUAACAAAGGAUUGAAAUGAUGACGCACAAGGCUGGUAACCCUUGUGCACAAUAUAUAUAAGUAUUUAAAGAAACAUUUACAUAUUCCAUUGUAAUCCAAUUUAAAAGUACCUAAAGCAUACCAUGGAUUGAGAAGUAGUUGUUUUUAUAUAUCACACACCAUUGGAUUGAACCAAGAAACUGCACAUGUUGGCAUCAGCAUUAUAUAUAUUUUUCCAAAUCACAACUUGAAAAUUGAAGUAGUUGUGAGUAUAAAACAAAAGUGUGAAGUAUACGGGCGUUUUUUUUUUUAUAAAUGAGGUUCCAGCUGACACUUCCAUUUUGCUCUGUGGUCGUCUCCACUGUCGGGACUUCCUGUGUGAACUCCUUCUAGCUGAAGCUCGUCUCUGACUGGAGCCUCUGGAUUUUUGAUUUCCUUUUUCUGUUGCAUCUGUACAGUAUAUACAUAUGUAACGGGUGGAAAAUUAAUGUCAGUGAUGUUCCUGUAAAUGUUAACAAAAUAAAGCCCGUUUUGAAGGGUG